AUGAAUAUUUUGACUUUGUUUCUAACUGUUUCAUAUUUGCUGGUAGUAACUGAAUGUUGUAUGCGAAUGGUUCCACCAGAUGAUGCCUAUAUUCCGAGUACAUUGUCUCCUGAGCAAAGCACAAUGGCUCCUGGAGAAAUCACAUUGGCUCCUGAGCAAAGUACAGUGACUCCUGAGGAAGGUACAAUGGCUCCCGAAGAUACCACGAUGGCUCCUGGAGGUGUGUCUACUCCAGAGACCUCAGAGGAAACCGAGGCACCUGAGGUAACGAUGAUGACAACAAUUGCAAUGGAAUCAUCAACCGUGACAGAAGAAACAUGCCCAACAUUUACAACCAAGUGUCCCGAUUUAUCAGCACUGCUUAGGGAUGGUAUGAUGGUCCAAGUGGUAGAUGGCUGCGCUGUUUUCUCUUGUCCCGAAGAUCUAUUUCCAUAUGCUCUUGGUUCAAUUGAAGAAAGCGAAAUAACAGGCCUUUCAAUACCUGCUGGUGUAACUAACUAUGUAGUCCGAGGACCAUAUGAAAUAGAAGAGUUAGGUGGCGGCACUGUAAAUGAUUACUAUGGGCUCUCAUGUGAAAACAAUAAGUUGAUAGCCUCGAUAUAUCCACGUGGAAUUGCUGUUGGAUUCACGACUGCAGGCGCAGAUGGUUCAUUGAACGGGAAAAAAACACCCGUCGACGCUAUGUUAUGGUGA